AUGAGUCCCCAUAGCGAGGUUUCUUUCUCAGGCUCGGAUGCCCCAGUAUCCAAUGGUGCCAGCAACGGUACCAACGGACAUUACAACGGCCACUCCAACGGCGCAAACGGUAUCAGCAACGGCGACGAGGCUCCUCGAGCUGUUCGUCAUGGACCUCGCGUUCACAAGGAACGCUCACCUUAUCUGGAGUCAGCUCCCGCAAACUCUGAGUUCGAUCUUAUCUGCGCCGGAUUUGGACCUGCUUCUCUUGCUGUUGCCGUUGCUAUGCACGAUGCUAUCGCUGAGGGCAGAAAGCUCCGUCCUGAUGGCGCAGCUCCCAAGGUUCUUUUCCUCGAGAAGCAGCCCAAGUUCGCUUGGCACGCCGGCAUGCUUCUCCCUGGAGCCAAGAUGCAAAUCUCCUUCAUCAAGGACAUGGCUACUCUCCGCAAUCCUCGAUCUGAGUUCACUUUCCUCAACUACCUCCACAGCCAGGGUCGUCUAGUCGACUUCACCAACCUGAGCACUUUCCUGCCUGCCCGUACUGAGUACGAAGACUAUCUUCGCUGGUGUUCUUCCUGGUUCGAUCAUGUGGUCGCCUACAGCAACGAGGUUGUUUCCAUCUCGCCCGAGAGCAAGGAGGCUGGUGCCGUCAAGACCUUUGCCGUCCAAGCCCGCAAUGGCAAGACUGGCCAGGUCCAAUCUUACCGCAGCCGACAUGUUCUCGUUGCUGCUGGUGGCCAGCCCUCGCUGCCCAAGAGCCUUCCCGCAAAGCACCCUCGUGUUCUGCACUCUUCCCAGUUCGCCAGCUACGCCCCCCAAAUCCUCUCAAAGCAGAACGCUCCUUACCGAGUUGCUGUCAUUGGUGCCGGUCAGAGUGCUGCCGAGAUCUUCAACAAUGUCCAGAACCUGUACCCCAACUCCAAGACCUACCUCAUCAUGCGCCAGGAGUUCCUCCGCCCCAGCGACGACUCUCCCUUCGUUAACUCCAUCUUCAACCCUGAGUACAUUGACACCCUGUGGCCACGAUCUGUCAAGGCUCGCGAGACUCUCCUGACCGAGGCUCGCGCUACUAACUACGGUGUCGUCCGCCUGGAACUGAUUGAGCACCUUUUCGAGAAGAUGUACGACCAGAAGCGCGAGAUUAGCGACGAUGAGACCCUUUGGCCCCAUAGAAUCCUUUCGGGACGCGAGAUUGCCAGCGUCGACACCAAGGGCGAUGCCCUCGAGAUCAAGGUUCAGCGCGUUAACGAGGGUCCUCUCGACGGCUUCGUCGACCAAGAGACUUUCGAUGUUGACUUGAUCGUCGCUGCUACCGGUUACAAGCGAAGCGCGCACGUCGACAUGCUCAAGGACGCCUGGACAAUGCUCCCCAAGACAGUGUCGGGACGCAACGAGUCUCCCAAGGGAGUUAACGGCUGGAACGUUGAGACACAGGAUGGUGAGCGCAAGUUGGCAGUCGGAAGAGAUUACCAAGUCAAGUUCUCUCCUGGUACAGUUGCCCAAGACUCUGGUGUUUGGCUGCAGGGUUGCUGUGAGGGUACUCACGGACUGAGCGACACACUUCUCUCUGUUCUGAGCACACGUUCGGGCGAGAUCGUCCAGUCUAUUUUCAAGCAAUAA